GAGGCGGCGGCCGGCACUCGUCUCCGAGCGGCGUGCGUGCGGCGUCGCUGCCGUGCUCCUGCUCCGGGCUCCCGCUCCGAGCUGCCGACUCCCAGCUGCUCCCGGACUCGACACGCCUCGAGGCUCCAGUGGCGGCGUCGGACCUGCAGCGGCGGACCGGGCCGGUGGGACGUGUCGCCAUGCUGACCACCAUCAGCUGGGAGCCGGUGCGGCGGGCGUGCCGGCUCCGACAUCCGAUCGUGCGCGAGACGCUGGCGGAGCUGGUGGGCACCAUGACGCUGGUGUUCAUCGGCAACUCCGUCAUCGCCAACAACGCAGUGAACGCGAUGAACAAUGAGGCGCUCGGCUACGGCGUGGCGCUCGCCAUCUCCGUGUUUGCCACCGGCGGUGUCUCAGGGGGCCACGUGAACCCGGCGGUGACCGUGGCGCUCAGUCUGGCCGGGCGCUGCCAGCUGAACCGCGUGCUGCCGUUCGUCCUGGCGCAGUACAUCGGCGGCUUCAUCGGUGCCGCUCUCACGCACGGACUCUAUUUCGAUUUGUUCAAGAAAGACCCCGGCAGAUAUAGUACACUGUACGGCAUCUUCGCCACCUACCCCGAGCUGAACCGUGACUUCAAGCUGCAGAACAUAUCGCUGGGAGGCGCCUUUCUGGACCAGGUGAUGGGCACUGCCCUGCUCAUGUAUGGCAUCAUGGCCAUCACGGAUAAGCGCAACACGAACGUGCCCAAGGGUGUGGUACCGCUGGCCAUCGGCGUGACCCUGUUUGGGGUCAUCACGUGCUCGAGUUCGAACACCGGCGCGGCGCUGAAUCCGGCACGUGACUUCGCCCCACGGGUCUACUCCUAUAUCAUCGGCUACAAGGACGUGUUCAAGUACUGUGACCACUUCUGGUGGGUCCCGAUCGUGGCCUGCCACCUCGGUGCCGUCAUCGGCGCGCUGGUCUACCUCCUGGCUAUCGAGCUGCAUCACCCGACCGGCCAGCACGAGGAUGAGGACAAGGCCGUGCUCGACGUCGACGCCGACUCGGCGGCCGCUGCGCGGUCGCGGAGGGGCCACCGCGGCUCGGCCGGACCCGUACGCCAGGGGGCCGCGCGCCCGUACCGAGAGCCAGCGUACGAGCUGAGCGGACGGGAGAACCGAGCGUACGAGGUCGAUGACGAGCCCCGCGCGUACUCCGGUCGACGCGGUGACAGUCGCUCCGGACGGGAUCGGUUCGCCGACGAUUAUAUGUGAGGCAAGCCGUCCACAGCAUGGCUGUGUUCCGGCGUGUCCCCGGCGGGUGGGGAGGCACAGAACGGGCUCGCAGGGGAGGGUGUCGUACGUGUGGCGUAUCCCCGGAGGGUGGGGAGGCACAGAACGGGCUCGCAGGGGAGGGUGUCGUGCGUGCGGCGUGUCCCCGGCGGGUGGGGAGGCACAGAACGGGCUCGCAGGGGAGGGCGUCGUACGUGCGGCGUAUCCCCGGCGGGUGGGGAGGUACAGAACGGGCUCGCAGGGGAGGGUGUCGUACGUGCGGCGUAUCCCCGGCGGGUGGGGAGGCACAGAACGGGCUCGCAG